AUGGAGCAGCUUCAGGAGCUCGCGCGGCAGGUGCGGCUGCUGGAGGCGGGAAGCCCACAGGAGGUGCGGCAGGCCAGCCAGGCGCUGGCGCAGUUCCAGCGCAGCAGCCAUGCGCUGCCCCUGUCCUUGGCGCUGCUUAAGGCCAGCGGCGCCGGCUUCGCCGGGGCCUUCGCGGCGCAGACUUUGGCGCAGCGGGCGCGCUUGGGGCGGCAGGAGGAUCUGCCGCUGUGGCCGGAGGUCUCCCAAGCCUUGCUGGAGCUGCUGUCGACUGCGCAACUCGCCCGCCCGGCGCUGCGGCAAACCUGCUGCGCGCUGGCACGGGCGGCGGUGCUGCUGUGCGACGCCGCGCCGGACUUCGUGUUUGGGGCGCUGGGGCGCUUGGGCGCGGAGAUGCUGCCGCUGCUGGAGUUCCUCCAGGCGCUGUCGGAGGAGCCCUUCAGCCGGCGCUUGCUGGUGGACGGCUCCCGAAGGAGCCGCUUUCUGAUGGCUCUGCGGCAGCGCGAGCCGGAGAUCCUGGCGGCCAUCAAUGAGGCGCUCCGGCGCCGCUGCUCGGAAGCGGAGCUCGGCUGCGCUGCCGCGUGGCUGCGGGCGCAGGGCCUCUACGAGGAUUGGUUGCCCAUGGUGGGCGUGGGCUCCGCUGCAGAUGGGAUGCACCCGGCACUGCGGGUCUUGGCGCCGGCGUUGGAGAACCAGGUGCCACAGGCUGCUCGGCAGCUUUGCGUGCUGCCGGCGGCGGCGCAGGUGCUGGAGGCGGCGCUGCCUCUGGCCACCCACCCGGAGGCCGUGAGGACCGUGGGCCCGCUGCUGGCGGCUCUGCACCAGCUGAGCACCGAGCUUCCAGGCGACGAGGCGGCGCUGGGCCCGCUGCUCUCAGCGCUGCACGGCGCUUUUGCGCAGCCCAACGUGGCGUGGCGCCCCCCGCUGCGACCGCUCGCGCUUGACCUGGGCGUGCGGCUUUUGGCGGCCACAGGGCCCAGCAGCGGCUUGGAGGUGGAUGUGGAAGGCGGCCUUCUGGGCCGGUGCUUUGAUGCGUGGGAGGCCUUGGCCUUCGCCCUGCGGGAGGACUGCGACGCGGACUUCGAGGCGGAGGCGUUUGCGCGGCUGCUGGAGGCCCUGCCGCAGGCGAUGCGGCUCUCCAAGCCCUGCGACUCCUCGGUGCGGGGACGCAUGGGCCAGCUGCUCACGAUUUGGUGCGGGGGGCAGUGUUGCAAGCAGCGGCAGCAGCAGGCGGUACAUCGCCUGGAACGACUCGCAUCGGCUUACGACUGGGGUGCACUGGAGAUGGUCCUGACCUUGGGCUCCGCGGUGGCGGAGGCUUUGGCCGGCGACGCGGACGAGCUCCCAGUGCCGCAGGUGCUCCUGCAGUUGCUAGAGCAGUUGCCGCAAGUGGUGGCGCUAGGCGCGCAGGCGGACGCGGCCCAGUCGCGGCUGACCAGCGAGGCGGCGGCGGAGCUGCUCAGCUCCAUGGACGCCUGGAUUUGCCCGGAGCGCUUCCCCGGCGCCGCCGGCCACGCGCUGCUGCGCGCCGCCUUCGGCCUCGCGGAGUCCGCCGGCGCGCCCGGCGCGGAGGCGCUCUCCGUGGUCGUGUCCAACCUGGCGCCGGGUCUGGCACCGGUGGCGGAGGAGUGCAUUACUCAGCUGCGGCACUUGAUUCUGGGCGCCAACGGCCUCACGCUGAGCUCGCGGCAGCGGCUGCUGCGCUCGGCCCUCGCCCCGCUGCUGCGGCGCCUCGAGCGUCCCCAGCGCCGAAAGGCGGCGGAGCUCUUCUUGCAGCCGCUGCGGGAAGCGGCCCGGGCCCAGGAGGCGUCGCGCGCGGGGCGCUUGCUCUUCACCCUGCUGGGCGCCGAUUGCUUCGAACCUGCCGAGGCGCUGGAGGCGGUGGCCGGGCACUGGGCCUUCUUCGAGGCCGCGCUCGAGGCGGACUGCGAGGCCGCCUGCGAGGCCGCCUGCGAGACCUUGGAGGCGGUGCUCACGCGGUGCCGCAGCGGUGGUGCGGGUCUUCAAAGGCGGCGGCCCCGAUGCAACGGACUUCUUCGCGGCGCGGGUCGCGCAGAUCGCGGAGCAGCUGCUGCGCCCGGCGCAGGGCCUGGCACCUGA